GCUGCGCCCGGCCUUGCGCGGCGUAGGCGCUGGGAUCCCGGAGCUGUGAGACGCGCAAGCCCCCCAACAAGCUGCCUGGUCCUCGGCCCGCAGCCACCUCUUUGCCUCCCACCCCUCGCCACGGUCUCGCAGCGUCCACGAGGGUCGGCUUCUGAAGCUUGGUCCCCAGUGCAGGUCAGGAUCGGGCAUGGCCACAGCACUUCUCCAUCUGCCCUGUCCGCCCUUGGUCUUCACUCCUCACACACUCUCAGCCUAGUGCCUCCCAUCCGCUUAGUGAAAGCUGCAGCGAAAGGUCAGAAGAAGCUUGGAAGCAAAGACACAUCCUUAGCAGCUACAGCACACAGGGAGGAGGCCCCAGUGGCCAGAAAUUGGAGAACAGCCAAGAUGAUCCUGUUAAAACCUGAGUCAGAUCAGGUCCCUUCUGGGCCCAGAAGCUUCCAGUGGCUCCCAACUCACUUAGAGAAAGAACCAGGGCUAUUUUUGCUUCAAAAUCAUCCGCCCUGCGCGCCCUGUUCAGUGCUUGAGACGUUGUGAAUAAACCAAUCAGGAUGAAAAGAAGGAGCCGGCCCAAGUGCGGAGUGAUGAGCUUCAAAGGAAGAAACCUGCGUUCACCAGGUGCAGGCCUGGGCCAGGCGCAGUCCUGGCGGUGUCAGGGAGCACACUGCGCCGGGAGCUCAGACCUAGCAGUGGGGCCGUGCGCCCUCCCUGUCCCGCGGCCCGCAGGCCCUGCCUCCACGCGCCCUGCCUCAGCGGCCUUUGUGGCGUCACAGCCGGCCUGAAUGGUUGCCUUGGAGACGUAAACCAAAGAGCCCUGCUCCUGGAGCUGAGAACUGCCGCGCGGAGGCUUCGGAGCGAGCUGGGGCGGUCGGGGCAGGUGAGGAUAUCCUUUAGAAGAGGAGGAGCCUUGCAUCAAUCCCCUGGGCUUCAGCUAGGAUGUCUGAGAUACCAUCCACUAUGGUCUCCAAGAACGUGACCAAUGACAAGAACAGUGUGGAAUCCUCGAGCAUCAGCUCUUCGUCAACCACUGAAGACAAACCAAAGGAACAUGCAAGAAAAAGCAAAGAGCAUAGCCCUGACACUUCGACGAAUCCUUUCCACUUGUCUGGGGACGUGGAUUUCUUCUUGCUCAGAGAUCAGGAGCGGAAUAAGGCCCUCUCUGAGCGACAGCAGCAGAAGAAGCUGCGAGUGCACGAGAAGAUGACCUACUCCUCGAAAGUGUCGGCUAAGCACACCAGCCUGCGGAGGCAGCUGCAGCUGGAGGACGAGCAGGAGGACCUGCAGGCGCGCACCGAGGCCGAGCAUCUGCGCGCCUUCCGGGACUACGCGGCCUGGAAGCUCAGCUUGACCAAAGAAAAGAACUUGAAGCCUGAGAACAUGAGCGGCUACAUUAAGCAAAAGCGGCAGCUGUUCCUCCUCCAGUACGCCCUGGAUGUCAAGCAGAAGGAGAUCGAGCGGCUGGAGCUGCUGCUGACCGAGGAGGAGUCCAGGCUGGAGCGGGCCGAGAAGUCCCUGGAGAAGGACGCCGUCUUAUUCGAUGAGUUCCUCAGGGAGAACGACCGCAGCUCGGUGCAGGCCAUGAAAGCGGCUGAGAAGGAGACCAAAGCCAAGAUGGAGAAGAUCCUUGAGAUCCGAGACCUCACCACCCAGAUUGUUAAUAUCAAAAGUGAGAUCUCCAGAUUUGAAGACACUCUGCAGCAAUACAAGGCCUACAAGGAUUUCCUAUACAAGCUGUCACCCAAGGAGUGGCUUGAAGAACAGGAGAAGAAACGCUUGUCUCUCAAAAAGGCCAAGGAGGUCUCCGAGGCUUCCAAGGAAGAGAGCAGUGUUACCACACCAGGGGAAAAAGGACCAGGGAUCAAGGGCAAGGCAAGCUUCGUGUGUCCCAAAGAGGUUCAGGGCACAAAGAAGUCCUGGAAGUUUCUGCAGGCGAUGCGGCUGGGACGGAGCCUGUCUUUCCUGAGCAUCCCCCAGCAAGGGAGCCAGCCCAGUGAGUCCAGCGGCGGAGACUCCAGAGGGUCGAACUCUCCUGUCCCCACCUUGCAGGAGGACACCGACAGCGAUGGGGAGGAGCCACAGCUGUACUUCACGGAGCCCCAGCAGCUCCUGGAUGUCUUCAGAGAGCUGGAGGAGCAGAACCUGUCGCUGAUCCAGAACAGACAGGAGAUGGAGGAGACGCUGGAUGAGCUGAGCCACACCCUGAAACAUACCCAGAUCCGCAUGGACAGGGAGGUCAACCAGCUGAAGCAGUGGGUCACUACGAUGAUGAUGUCCAUCACCAAGGAGGAGGACACAGCAGCAGAGCUGGAGCUCAAAGCCCGAGUCUUCCACUUCGGCGAGUACAGGGGAGAUCAGCAGGAUAAGUUGCUACAGAGCCUGAACCGCAAGGUGCUGGAUGUGUACCGGCACUGUGUCAGCACCCAGCAGGAGGCGAACCUGGGCACCGUGCAGAUGCUGACCGUCAUCGAGCACCAGCUGGAUGAGCUGCUAGAGAACCUGGAGCGUGUGCCUCAGGUCAAAAUCGAGCAGGCUGAGAGGGCCAAGGAGAAGGAGCGGCGCAUCAGACUUCGAGAAGAGAAGCUCCGGAUGCAAAAGAUCCUGCAGGAGGAGCGUCUGCAGCGGGCCCGGGCACGUGCCCAGGCUGAAAUCAAGAAAAAGAGAGGCAGGACACUGAUGUGCCGUUCACGACCCCCGGCCCACAAGAUCAAACAAGAGUCUGAGCACAUGCUGAUGGACAAGGAGAAGGAGGAGCUGCUAUUUUUCUUUACUUAAUCUUCACAAACCACAGCUAGGUUCUGGCUGAAGGCUUAGCAAAGAUGUUGGUAGUGGAGGCAAAGACUGGGCUGGGUCUCGAGUGGCCCAACUGAGCCCUCUCCAUCUCCUGUGUGCUCCCCUCCUCACCUGAAUAAAUUGUUGUCUCUUUGGA